AUGGCCGACUACAAUCCUGACAGAUGUCCUGUGUACGCCUCUUUCUUCGGAGCUAUGGGAUGCGCAGCGUCCAUUAUCUUCACAGUCUUUGGCGCGUCAUAUGGCACAGCCAAGUCAAGUGGAGCCAUAUUCUCCUCGGGUGUUCUCCGCCCAGACCGUUUGAUGCAGAAUGCGAUCUGCGCAAUCAUGGCCCAGAUUUUGGGCAUCUACGGCUUCGUAGCGAGCUCCAUCAUCUCUGGCGAUUUGAAAGAGAAAAUGCCACUUUUCCAGGGUUUCUUGCAACUGGGGGCUGGUAUUACUGUUGGUCUAUGUGGCCUUGCCGCCGGGUUUUCCAUCGGCAUUGUGGGUGACGCUGGAGUACGAGCAAGCACGCAGCAACCACGCCUAUACGUGGGCAUGGUACUCAUUCUCAUCUUCGCAGAGGUUCUGGGUCUCUAUGGAGUCGUCAUCAGCAUAAUGAUGCUUACAAGCUCCCGAGAUGCUACUACAUGCAUAUAUUGA